UCUGUUAGAAGUCUGUACAUUCAUUUGCAAAUUUUCUAAUUUGCGAUUCUAAUUUCGGUUGUGAUUUUUCGAUCAAUCAACAUGACAGAUAAGUAUUGAAGCGUCUUUCUUUAUCGCCUUUGAAACCGCGGUUCUUCCAAGACUGCAGAGUCAUCUGUACGGUCAGUCUAUCGUCGACCGUGAAAAGGCGUGCAUCGAGUCGACGUAUUUUCGUCGCUGUUGUUAAAAUAUCAAGAGAGAUUCACCAAUAGAAGCUGAUAAUGUUGUGUUCUUGUUGCGUGGCAAUAAUCGCCAUUCUCUACAUUCUAUUCGAUGUAAACUAUUUUCUGAGAAUUAUCUUCACCAUCCUUUGGGGCAGACUUUUCGAGAAGAAGAAGAAGCUCUUCGAUACAACAACGAUUUACGGGAUCUGUAGUACUCAGGAUGUUGAUCUGGUCUUCAAGCACAUGAAUAACGCGCGAUAUUUGCGCGAAUUGGAUUUUGCGCGUUUUCAUUUUUAUGACAGAUCAGGAAUUUACGCUGCGAUCACAAAAAGAGGCGGCAGUGCUGUACAAGGUGCAUCCACUAUACGAUAUCGUCGUGCGAUUCCUAUCUUUACACCGUACAAGGUCACGACGAAGCUUAUUUACUGGGAAGACAAACACUUUUAUGUAGAACAACAGUUUAUCAGUCUCACGGACAAUUUUAUUCGUGCCGUUGUACUGAGCAGGCAAACUGUAACCGGAUUGAAAGUUCCGGUAGAGCAAGUAAUCGCCGAUAUAGAGCCGGAAACACGCAGGCCGGAGCCCACGAAAGAACUUCAAUUAUGGCUGGAUUGUAUGGAAGAGUCGUCUCAAAGUCUGAAGAAACAGAAAUGAAAAAUCUUUUUUUUUUUAAUACGUUAAUUUGUUCGACACAUUAUUUAUUUAAUUUUCCUUUAUACUGAUUUUUAAUAUAUUAUGGUUUUUUUGUUACAUUGUUAUAUGUAUAAUUUUGUAUAUGAGGCUCAUAAAGUGUUUGAUUUUUCUAUCAUUAUAAAUAGUUUAUAUCUUUCUUAUUAUCAGUUUCUGCAUUUUUAAGGUAUAAUUAGUUUCUGAAGCUUUUUGGUCAAAAUACUAUUUUUAAAUUAGAAAUUAUAAUAUUGAAUUAUCUGUUACCUUAUUAAUUAAGGUACAAUGUUAAAUAGAACUUAUUUAGAUUAUAUGUUAUAAGAUGUUCCUUUAAUUGCUGUACAAUUUGUGCGGAUUAAAAUUUUAGUUUUCACUAAAAA